UGUCGCCAUUGAGUAAAGGUAAUAUUCUAUAGCAUAUGGUAGAAACGCGUGCAGAGAUAGCAGCCUGUUUGGGAAAUUUCACCCGCAAAAAGCUGACACCAUUGUCCUUUAUUCUGCGAAGAAAGUGAACUGUGAGCAUGAAGUGUUUGUGAGUCAGAAGACGAUUUAAAAAGAUAUGCAGUAAUAUAAAAGCUGAGUGGGGCAUGAGCAUGACACCUAAGGACCUGCUGGAUAUACUGAAUGCCGGAGCCAGAUAGUUCUCCUGGAGAAUCAGUCAUCAUGAACGGAAUUGACAAUGGGAUCAACAGCCUGUGUGCAAUUUGCGGAGAUAGAGCUACGGGAAAGCAUUAUGGUGCAUCCAGCUGUGAUGGUUGCAAAGGCUUCUUCAGGCGUAGCAUCCGGAAAAACCAUGUUUACUCUUGCAGAUUUAGCAGACAAUGCAUUGUUGACAAGGAUAAAAGAAACCAGUGCAGAUAUUGUCGCCUGAAAAAGUGUUUUAGAGCUGGAAUGAAAAAAGAAGCUGUUCAAAAUGAAAGAGACCGUAUAAGUACAAGAAAAAGUGUUUUUGAUGGAAGCAACAUCCCCUCCAUUAACACAUUGUCACAAGCUGAGGCUCUGUCUCGUCAGAUCACUACCUCAAGUUCUGGUACAAGUACUGACAUAAAUACAAAGAAAAUUGCUAGUGUUAGUGAUAUUUGUGAAUCCAUGAAGCAGCAACUUCUAGUCUUGGUGGAGUGGGCAAAAUAUAUCCCGGCCUUCUGUGAGCUUCCUCUGGAUGAUCAGGUUGCUUUGUUGAGGGCACAUGCUGGAGAACAUCUUUUGCUUGGCAUAACAAAACGUUCAAUGGUUUUCAAAGAUAUCUUACUUUUAGGAAACAACUACUUGAUCCAUCGCAACUGCAGUGAGCUGGAGAUAAGCCGAGUGGCCAACAGAAUUUUGGAUGAGCUUAUCCAGCCGUUUCAGGAUAUCCAGAUAGAUGAUAAUGAAUAUGCCUGCUUGAAAGCUAUUGUAUUUUUCGAUCCAGAUGCUAAAGGACUUAGUGACCCAAUGAAGAUUAAACAUAUGCGUUAUCAAGUACAGAUUAGUUUAGAGGACUACAUUAACGAUAGACAAUAUGAUUCUAGAGGACGAUUUGGGGAACUUCUGUUACUACUACCUACUCUUCAGAGUAUUACCUGGCAAAUGAUUGAACAAAUUCAAUUUGUGAAAUUGUUUGGAAUGGUUAAAAUUGACAAUCUUCUUCAGGAGAUGUUAUUAGGAGGUUCUUCAGCUGAGUCCAAUCAUAUGCAUCAUCUAACACAUCCCCAUAUAUCUCAAGACCCUUUAGUGGGACAGGCCUUGCUUGUAAGUUCCAUGUCUGCAUCUCUACACACAGAACAGAUUGCUACUCCAGAAACACCUUUACCUUCCCCUCCUCAAGGCUCUGGACAAGAACAGUAUAAAAUUUCUACAAACCAUGCGACAGUUAUCACACACCAGUCUAUCUUGAAACAAAAACAUUGAUGUCCUGUUUUUGUGCACAUCCAUGAACACUGCCAGUUUGACCUUGAUUGUGACCUUGGACUCUUUAUGGCACUUGAGAAAAAGGCUUUAAGAAAAACCUUAAUUUUUGUCAUUCCAAUAUCUCAUAGGCAAUACUUUAUACAAGAUAAUUUUAGAAUUUCAGUGCCUAUUGUACUACAAUGUUGGAUGUUUAAAAUCAUCUAUCAUUCAUCGGCAAGCGUGUUUGGAGUAUUUCUAUUGUAUGUGCAACAUUAACAAAUACUUUGUAUAUGAUAUAUAAUAUAUAUUCUUGUGUUACUUUUGUGCUUUUCUUAAAAAAGGGUCUUAUACCAUUUAUAUUCUAGUCUUCUAGAUCACACUAGCCAAUCAUCCCACCAUAAUGCCAUGUUGCAGUCACAUGCCAUUGUGCCAGAGUCAUACACUACCAAGACUUCCCUUUACCUGAGGCAAAGAUUCAGUCCAGUACUCUAGCCAUGUAUCUUUAUACCCUUGACAAGGAAGGGUGUCCUGUUGGUGCAUUCUCUUCACCUGGAGGCGCAUGUCCUAUAAGUGCCCUGCUUUGAAGCAUACAAUUUUGACUCUGCCAGUAGAAAUAUUAACAUUAGUGUGAUGCAUAAUCUUGUGAUAUUUUUAUUUUAUGUAUAUCCAUUUAUUGUAAAAGCUUUAUUAUUAUUCUUUUAAUUUUAUUUCUUACUAUUGUACAAUAAAGUUAAUAAUUAGUUUUGCAAUUUUGGUUCACACUGGAUGGAAAUGCCAAUGUUUACAGUACACUAGUACAUUUGACACUGUGAUACUAUUUAAUUUUUCACCUAUUCACCUUUUCCUUGUAAAAAGCUUAUUUACUUGUAAAAAAAAAAUUGCAGCAAAUUUU